AUGGCGGCACCGGUUGAUGAGCCGCAUCAGCGUGAUUCUGGCACAAUCAGAUACACGAUAGGUGCGCCUCAAGACCAGAAUCAGCCUGUCCAGCAAACAUCAUCAAAUGCCCAGUACAGUCCGUACAGUCAACCGACCCAGACAAACGGCCAUCCCAAUGAUGUGCAAUAUGACAGUGAUGCCAGAUACUCCACGGAGAGCCGGACUGGUCGAAAGAGAUCACUUGGCGGCGCCGGCGGUAGUGAGAGGAGCAGAUCAAGAACAAAUGGCAGUGCUGGGAAGUCGCCAAACACUGCGGUACGGAUAUGUAAAAAGUGUGGUGAGCCAUUGACAGGUCAGUUUGUGCGCGCGCUCGGCGGUACUUUCCACCUGGAUUGCUUCAAAUGCGCCGAUUGUGGACAGAUUGUUGCGUCGAAGUUCUUCCCUGUCGACGCCGAGGAUGGUUCUGGUCAAUUCCCGCUCUGCGAGACCGACUACUUCAGGCGCCUGGAUCUGUUAUGCUUCAAGUGUGGAGGUGCGCUUCGUGGCUCGUACAUCACGGCGCUCGAUCGCAAGUACCACAUUGAGCACUUUACCUGUUCUGUUUGUCCGACCGUGUUUGGCGCACAGGACAGUUAUUACGAGCAUGAUGGAAAGGUCUACUGUCACUACCAUUACUCCACACAUUUUGCGCAACGCUGUAAUGGCUGUCAGACUGCGAUCCUCAAGCAGUUUGUUGAAAUCUUCCGAAAUGGACAGAAUCAACACUGGCACCCCGAGUGUUACAUGAUCCACAAGUUCUGGAAUGUCCGCCUGGCACAAAAUGGGCCAGCCUCCGUCAAGAAAGACAUUACUGCACCUGUCACGGAGGAUGAGCGGGAAGUCGUCAAAGAAGACGAAGAGAAAAUGGAGGACAAAGUCUAUCGCAUCUGGAGCACCCUGUCCACCUUUGAAGAAUCGUCCGCCUCUUGCAUCUCUGACAUGCUUCUUCAUGUGAGCAAUGGCGUCUAUGUUGAUGGCGUAAUUGUCGCACGCAAAUUCAUCUGGCACGUGGAUAUUUUGUUCGGGGCAAUCGACACGCUCGCAGCCCUCGUCCUGCAUGCCGGGCUCAAGGAACUCGCCUAUGGCCGGGAGGCGAAACUUCUUUGCAAGAAGGUCGUUGCUUUCUUCACGCUCCUGUCCAAGACUCAAGAGACUGGGGUACGCAAGCUAGGAGUCACGCAAGAGCUUCUGUCGUUGGUUACUGGCCUGGCCCACUACCUGAAGCUUCUCAUCCGAAUCGGUCUGCAAGGUGCCCUGAAGCUGGAGCGUGAACGAGGAUCUCCGGAGGGUCUCCAUGCCUUCUUGGACGAGCUCGCAGACCUGGAGACGAUCAAGGAGCAAGAAAUGAAGUCGCUAGAUCUGGCAGAAAGCGUGGCUGGUCUGGCCAGCCAAGAGUCCGACUGUUGCGCGGCGUGCCUUGAACCCAUCGAUGACGAAUGUGUGAUGAUCUAUGGCCGGCGCUGGCACGCAAAGCCACCCCACCUGACAUGCAGUGUCUGUCAAAGAGAUCUGACGAGCGACCUCUUCAAUGCUGUCUACAGCGAGAGGGAGGACAAGGUCUAUUGCGUCGAUCACGCUUCCCGAGUACAGAAUACCGUGUCCGGCUUCUCCUAUGUCACCAAAUUACAACAAUAUGUCUUCCUUCUCCGCGUGGCUUUGGCGCGCCUACUCGAAGUACUCAAGUCCGGUGGUACCCUGCCGCACACCUCGGAUGAUCCAAAUCUUACCCCCUACGACACCACCGAGGGCCAUCGAGUUUCUCCCACAGGUGAACAAGUCGCGCCACAUCAGAAGAUGGGCUCACGGUCGCGAUCUUACGCGGGGGCGUCAAGUCAGCAAGAAUCUUCGUUGGAGCAGACCGUCGGAGAAAUGAAACGCCUUAGGUCAACUCGGAAUGAACGGACUCUUUCUACAACGUUCCGCAAAGCUCGAGAGUCGAAGAUACUCUACGGACCAACCGGGGUGCGACCUGGAUCCGCGGGCGCGGACAGCGAGGAGGCCAGGAAUCGUGGCGGCUUUCAAAUCGUGGAAGAGCGAGAUCUAGAUGGCAGGAUGAGGCCGGAAUUGACGUUCGGCAACCAGGACGGUCUAACGCUCGAUGACAUCCCCAGAAUUGUUGCUGCUGAGCAAGCCAAGGAGCAACGACCCAACGCUUUCCGUCAUGCAGGCACCAAUCUCAUCGGACACCGAGGUAACGAACCAAGACUGGUUAAUGGCCAUCACCGGGGGUCCUCUGGUGGGAAUGAUCUUUUGGCAGGCGAACCCAACCCCCUACGCACCAAGCGAUACUUUUCAGAAUUAUCGGCUCUGGAGUACUUCAUUGUGCGACAUGUAGCAGUCCUCUCCAUGCAGCCUCUUUUGGAAGGUGAAUAUACUCUCGAAGACUUGCUUGGCCUGAUCGAGACGAGGAAACAAACCUUCUGGGGCAAGGUCAGCCGUGCACUCCGAAACGAUGGAAAGACCAAGAAGAAGGGCAUUUUUGGGGUCCCGUUGGAGACACUCAUCGAACGUGAAGGCGCCGAGUCUACCAAUGGAGUUGGGCCCGGAGCGUUGAGGGUUCCUGCAAUCGUGGACGACUGCGUCGCUGCCAUGAAGCAGAUGGACAUGUCGGUAGAAGGCGUCUUCCGAAAGAAUGGCAACAUCAAGCGCUUGAAGGAGUCCUCCGAAUUGAUCGACGCAAAUCAAACCCCAGACCUCAGCCGCGAGAACCCCGUUCAGAUUGCCGCGUUGCUCAAAAAGUUCUUGCGAGAGAUGCCGGAGCCACUGUUGACGUUCAAGUUGCAGAGGCUAUUCAUCAUAUCUCAGAAGAUCGCCGACGAGGAGCGCCGAAGAAGAAUUCUACACCUGACAUGCUGCUUGAUGCCCAAGAGUCAUCGGGAUACCAUGGAAGUGCUGUUCUCGUUUCUCAAGUGGGCUGCCUCGUUCUCGCAGGUCGACGAAGAAUCAGGAAGCAAGAUGGAUAUCCAUAAUCUGGCCACCGUGAUGGCACCCAACAUUUUGUAUGCGAAGGAGAAGGCACCCAAUGCAAAAUUACCCCAGAUCCCACAGGUGGACGACAGUUUCCUUGCCAUUGAGGCGGUCAACACUUUGAUCGAGUACAAUGACUACUUCUGCCAGGUCCCCGAAGAUUUGCAGUCCAUCUUGACCGACACCGGUCUCCACACCGGAUCUGCGGAAAUCACGACCAAGGAGAUCCUGUCCAGAUAUGGUCACAUUGCAAAGGGCCAGAUUCAGAAACAAUCUGUCCAGUCGGCCGAUGCUCCGGUGCGCAGCCCGGCCUCGGCAUCAAACUCGAUCGGCCCAGUGGCAACACGCGUUGAUGUCGACCCCUAUCAAGCUACAGCAUGGCAAAAGCAGAGCUCCGUCCGUCCUGUGCAAAACAUGGCGUCAGCAACCUCUGCCUCGGCGAACGACUUCAACUUCAGCGCUCCGACUAGCCCGUAUGCUCGAAAACGAGCCGGUAGCUCCGACAGCACUGGAAGCUACGGCGGUGCACCCACCGGGCGUCAAAGCUAUCAACCCAAACCUGGCCAGAUGGGCAUUGCAGGUUGA